AUGGCUGAAUUCUGGAAAUCAGCUCCGCGCUACUGGUGCAAACAGUGCAAGAUCUUCAUCCGUGACACGCCCUUCGAAAAGACCCAACACGAAGCCAGCCCCAAACAUCAAGGCAGCCUCAAGCGCUUCCUUAGACAAAUUCACAAUGACAAUGAACAAAAACAAAGAGACUCGCAACGUGCGAAAACCGAAGUCGAACGAUUGCGACAGGCCGUCGGUGGCGGGUCCUCUGACAAAGACAGCGCGAAAGGAAACGCACCGCCAGCACCCAAAUUUACAGAACGGCCUGCUUCCCUAGACGAGCGAAAGAAACAGAUGGCACAGCUCGUGGCAAUGGGUGUCGCCGUCCCCCAGGAAUUCCGCGCCGAUAUGGCCUUAGCAGGGGAUUGGGAGACGACAUCAGAGACAAGGAUCGAGGUCAAGCAGGGGUUAGAGGGCCCCACAAAGUCUGUUGGAAUACGCAAGCGCAAACUUGAAGGCGAAGAGGAGGGAGAUGAGCAUGCGCCUGAACCUAUUGUCAACAAAGGUUGGGGCUCGAGGAUGAGGCAAUACCCCGGCGCACAAGAGGAAGAGGGCCUGGAUGAUCUGUUUGCAUCCACAAAAGAUAUCAAGAGGACAAAAACCUUCAUCCCGAAGGUCGAGCUUGAUGAACAGGAGACAGCCACCGAACAACCUAACCCUACCGCAAAGACAGAAGAUGCCCCUUCCAAGCCAGAGGCGCAAGAGACGAAUGAGUUAAUUGAGGUCAAGACUGAAGAGCCCGUUCAAUCUUCAGUAGAGCCAGUAAUUGAAGAGAAACCGCAGAGUGAAGAUGCUGCGCCCGGUGUCAUCUUCAAGAAGCGCAAGCCGAAGGCAAUGAGGAAAUAG